UGUGAGUCCGAAUUUUUCUAAGAUUAGUCUUUUUGUAAUAACAGCAAAGAAUUGCAAAAAAUUACUAGUUCUGAGCGUUUAAACAACAUUAGAUAUGUGAAAUAUCAUAUGUUUUAUAAACGCGAUUAGUUUUGAGUAACGGGACCAUCCACGAAGCAGAGAUGUUGAGAAAUGCCUCCGCGCAGAUACUUAAACAGUUCGUCAGACACAGAUCUACAGAUACAAGUCUGAUAUUGGAGAGAUCUAUUAACAAGGUCCAGCUGCUAGGGCGGGUGGGGCAGGACCCUGUUAUGAGACAGGUGGAGGGCAGAAACCCUGUCACCAUCUUUUCUAUGGCUACAAAUGAGAUGUGGCGUUCAGGAGAGGGUGAAACCACAAGUGCAGAUGUCAGCCAGAAAACAACAUGGCACAGAAUUUCUGUAUUCAAACCUGGUCUCAGAGAUGUGGCGUAUCAGUACGUCAAAAAAGGGUCCCGAAUUCUUGUCGAAGGAAAGCUUGACUAUGGUGAGUAUGUGGAUAAAAACAAUGUCAGGCGCCAGGCAACCACUAUUAUCGCAGAUAACAUUGUCUUUUUAAGUGAAAAUGUACGAGAUCAGCUGUGAAGAAGCAUUCUCAGACUUUUCACAGGAACGGAAAGAAGAUGGAUUAUAUUUUGGAUAGUUAUUCUGCUUAAAACACAUGAGUAGCCUUGUGCCUGACCUUAACAGUUGUACAAUAACAAAAUAAAUGUUGAUUGUAUGAUUGUGACACAACAGAGGGCCCCAGUGCAAUGCACUCCAGUCCCCAUAAACUGUAUUGAACUCUGUUUGUAACAAAAUUUUCUCUUCUAAAACAUAAAAUAUAUGUUGGAAACCAUGAAAGGGAAUUCUUUUGAACCAAAUCUUUUCCUGGUAUUUUUUGUUGAAUAAGUUUGUUUAUAAACUUUUUUUCGUCCGUAAAGGGUUACGAUUAGGCUCAUCCUGUCAAUAUUAUGUAAUUUUAAGUGUACACACUUCUGUAGAAGCACUUGUGAGAUGCCUGAAUUUUCAGAAGCUUUUAUAGUUUUCUGUCUUAUAUAAAAACUAGUUUCAUUUAUUUAACCUGUUUGAGAUGUUGAAUAAAGUUCAAACAACAUUUUCAA